CACACCUACAACUAGGCAUGCCGGUUAUCGUCAAGGACUGCGAGUGGACGCAAACAGAUGACAGCGUGGAGGUGGUGGUGCCGCUCAAGGGCAAAGCACCCCCACCCUCUGCCGUCUUCACCUCAGAUACAUACAUCAAGGUGAACUUUCCCCCGUUUCUGUUCGAGCUUGAUCUGCUGCACCCCAUUGAUGAAGCAGAGAGCAAGGCCGUCAUCUCAAAGGGCGUGGCAAAGUUCCAGCUGAAGAAACAAACCCCAGGCGCAUGGGAACAACUCGCAUACAAGACAGAGGACAAGGCAGCGCUACGACAGCGGCGCCUCAAGGCAGAGGAGGGCGUGCGACAGCGAGCAGCGGAGCAAGCUGAGACGAAAUCCAAGGAGCAGUAUGAGAAGCAGCGGGCAGCAGUUCAACGUCAAAUGAAGCUGGAGGAAGAGGAGAGGCGACGACGACAGGAGAAGCAAGAUGCAGCACGCUCUGCAGUGGAUGAUGCGCUCGCCCAAGGCAUCGCUGCCACGUCCAUCUCCGCACAAACGUCCAGCCCACCACCACCACCACCACCAUCUUCAUCAUCAACAUCAGCAACAACACUGGCACUGACGACAACAGCACCCUCCACAGCAUCGUCCCUCCCGCCUGUGCGUCGUGCAGGCAAAAUCAGUGUCACAUUCUCCCACCGCGCAUUCAAAACCCCCGAGCGCGAGACGUACAAGGAGCAGGAGCAGCAGUGGCUGGACAAGCAAGCGGCUGCACGAAAGGCGAUUGCAGAGGCGAAGGGCGAGGGUGGCGUUGAACACGAUCCACUCUGGUACAUCGACAAGGGCAGAUCCUUCUUCCGUGCCGGUGACUGUCAGAGUGCAAUCAAUGCGUUCACAUCAGCAGUGACCCUGGACAAGACGAGUGCCACUGCGUUCAGUCUUCGUGCUGCGUGCCAUCUUCGCCUAUGCGACUACCAGGCAUGCGCCGCUGACGCCACCAAGGCGCUGUCGCUGCUACAGCCCCCGUGUUCAGCCAAUGCAGGCGAUCGCUUGAAGGCGCACCUCCGCCGCGCCGCCGCUCUUGAGGCAAUCAACGACACCCAAGCAGCGCUGUUUGAUUAUCGCAAGGCUCUGGAGCUUCAGCCGCACGACGCGCGCGUGCGUGCACACAUUGCCGAGCUCACGGGCGAUGAUGGUGGCGAUGGUGGUGGUGGUGGGGUGCAGGAGUAGGCUGGACCUUGUGUGAUGUGAAACGGUGUCCUUUGAGACAGCACCGUCGUGUGUCGGAAUUAAAUGAAAAAAAGGUGUA